GACACAUUUGAGCGCUGCACCAAACAUGGAGAACAGGAGUAAACUUUGGAAUAAUAUCUUCAAAUAAACCUCAUAUCAAGCGAAACUACACGACCUGCUUGGGUUAUUCCCACGCGAAAUAAAUAACUUUUAGGCUUUCGAAAAGAAGUAAUGGAUUUGAAUGGGUCACAACUGUAAAGACUAAACAAGAGAAGAUGUUUUGUCGUCAUUUACGCCUAAAGACUCUCCCUGAAGUUUGGACCUUUGCUCGUAUGAAUGCCCACAAACUCGCUUCGCUCCAAAAUGUGACUUCAUUUCCUCACAAGAAGGCUCAGAGCUUAGUGUACCCCUUCAAUAACAUCGAGCCCUACCUCGACCGGUCAGUGAACAGGUCAGAUUUCCGACUGUUUGACCCGAGUGUAGAGGACAUGCUCAGAGCAGAGAAGCUCUUCCUCUCCUCACCGUCUCAUCACAUCGAUUAUUACACUUCUGCAGAGCGGAUGGAUCAUGCUCCUGACCUCAAACAGCCAGAGGUGUGCUUCAUUGGCCGGAGUAAUGUGGGUAAAUCGUCCCUGAUCAAAGCUUUGUUCUCUUUGACGCCUGAGGUCGAGGUCCGGGUCUCCAAAACUCCCGGUCACACAAAGAAGAUGAACUUCUUCCGAGUGGGCCGAUCCUUCACCAUCGUGGACAUGCCUGGGUAUGGACACCGGGCGCCCAAGGACUUUGUGGACAUUGUGGAGCCGUACCUCUUCACAAGAACUAACCUGGUGAGGACGUUUCUGUUGGUGGAUGGCAGUGUGGGGCUACAGCCUGCAGACCGCAUUGCUCUGGAGAUGUGUGAAGAAACCAGGCGGCCGUAUGUGAUCGUGUUGACAAAAAUGGACAAAGGCGGCCCUCGCACUCAGCUACUGAACCUUCUCAGUGUUCACAAAGUCAUUAAGAGUGAGACCACAAGCUGCUUUCCUCAGCCCUUCCUGAUCAGCUCCUUGAACUUCUGGGGGAUCUACCUGCUCCGGUGCUUUGUGGCCCACAUCACAGGAGCAGUCCAGCUGACCAACACGGCCCAGAGCUGACAAACGACGAGGACUUAGGACUUUGUGUGGCACUUCAAGGUCAUCUUAUCCGGUCAUCUUAUCUAGGGGCAACAGUAGCUCAGUUGGUAGUUCGUCCACUGAUCCGAGGGUUGACAGUUCAAAUCCCGCUCUUGACAUAAAACGAAUGGAUCCACAGACCUGCAGAUGAGAGCUGUUGUUGUGUCCUUGGGCAAGACACUUAACCCACUUUGCCCCCAGUGUUUGCGUACACUGGUGGAUGAAUGUGUGUGUGAAAGGUUGAGUGUUUCUUUAAUGUAAAGAGCUUCGAGUGCCAUAAAGGUGGAAAAGUGCUAUAUGAAGAUGUGACCAUUUACUAGGGAUGUAACGAUAUCCAACUCGGUACAAUAUUAUCACGAUAUGCAUCUCACGAUAUGAUAUUUAUUGUGAUCUUUUGGAGAGGAUAAUUGUAGAUAGGAAAUGCUUUUGCUUUUAAAAUACCUUGACAAGAUUUUGGUAUGAAUUAUCUCCAUCAUAAUCCCAAGAAUUCAAAUAAAAAACAUAUUUCUUAUUUCUUCAUGUUGUCUGCACUGAAAUGAAUCAUGGAAUAUGUCGUUUCCGGUGUUUAUAAGCUGUUGGUACUGUAAAACCAUGCAUUUAAGCAAAGGAACUUGAAAUUUGAUAUAUAUUGUGACAGCCGCGGAUAUUAUUGUUAGACAUUUGACGAUACGAUAUCACGAUAUUUCGGUUAUUGUGACAUCCCUGGGCAGGUUCAUUGAUUGAUUAUAUUUAACUGACCUUGACUAUCAAUUAAUCUUCCUGGAGACUUAUGUAGCAUGUUUUGUGUUGAUGCGGGAAACCAAAGUGCCCAGAGGAAACCCAUCCAGACACGGGGAGAAAAUGCAAACUCCACACAGAAAGGCCCGGGCGACCCGCGGAUUGAACCCGGAACCUUCUUGCUGUGAGGCUUCAGUGCUAGCCACUCAGCCAAAAAUUAGAUUUUUGCUGUCUUAAAAAUGUGGAAAAACAGAGUUAGUAGUUUUAUCUUGUGCAUUCAGAACAUCCAACCCAAAUUAUUCACUGUGAUGAGUUUAUAAGCAGUUUUUACAGCUUUUGCCAUGUUGGUAAAGUUAACAACAACUAGCAUGGUAACACACACUUGAUUAUCAAAAAAAAAUCUGUUUUAUAAUUACAUGCAGACACUACACAGGGGACUUAUUUUGAUCUGAAGAGCUGCUCAAUAAACUGAUACUGGGGCAAGACACAUUUUGCUCAAAAACAUAGGAAAAAAUCGAGGACAGGGCCUUUAAUUAAUAGUAAAUAUGCCACGUUAAUACAACCACAGCAACCUGAACCACUGAUACAACAGCAGAAGCUAAAAUACUUCUCAUCUAUUUCAAUACCGUGGACAAUAUCUCAAGUAUUCUUUAUGAUUGCAUACUUGUAACAUGUCCAAAAAAAGCUGGUAAUGGAAGGAUCUUGAAUAACAAAAACCUAUAAUGGCAUAAAUAGGUAUUUUAUUGUAUGGUGUUGUAAGUUCAAAGUUCAAAGGUGUUAUGUUGUUCUAUAAAAGGCAUCAUUAUUGCUGUCUCUGUGAUCCCUCAGCCCAGGUAUGAUCCAAAAGAACUGUAGUAAAAGAAAAAAUUUACUCUGUUAACUGGACAAAAGUUUUGCAGUGAAGACAUUUCAUUCAAGUGACUUCUUAUAUUCCGUCUUAUAUUCUAUAAUUAAAAAAUUUUGUUUUUUAAAUA